GAAAAAGAAACGGUCUAUUAGACUGGACGGAUGAUGUAGUGGGGGAUGCAUUUGAGGCGUUUUGCUGUUUUAGAGUCCAUCUACAAGUGCUUAAACGCAUUUUAUUCUUAAACCCAAAUAACUGGGGAUUAGGGAGCCAACAUGGCGGCUACGGAAACAGGCGAUGGACAUCAGCGUGUGGCCACCAAUCAAGUGACUCCUGUGCAGGUAACGGAGGGCACAGAUGGAGAGGCCGUGGAGGCGGUUUCAGAGCUGGGGACGUCAGUGGAUGUUGGAGACACCGAGCUUAUUCAUGAAUCCUCCCAUGAACUUUCUGAACAGAGAGAAGAGGAUAAUGAUGCUGCUGUUGAAAAAGAAAGCGAAGGUGACGAAGCACAACAUAAAGAAACUGAGGCGGAGGCGGUCCCCUCUGUUGGUUCUAGAUCUCCGCCACAGGCCGCCUGCUCAGAAGAGACGGGGGAGCCAGUAAUGGUUAAUGAUGGAGAGGCAGUUAGCACCCCAGAGUCGGAAGAGCCAGUAACAGUUAAUGAUGGAGAGCCAGUUAGCACCUCAGAGUCGGAAGAGCCAGUAACAGUUAAUGAUGGAGAGGCAGUUAGCUCCUCAGAGUCGGAAGAGCCAGUAACAGUUAAUGAUGGAGAGGCAGUUAGCACCUCAGAGUCGGAAAAAGAGGCUCCUGAGGUGAAAUCUGACCAAGAGCUUGAGGCGAAGGCAGAAAAUGUUGCAGUGCAGGAUGAGGGCUCAGAGGAAAGUCCUGCAGGAGCAGCUGUGAGUGAGGAUGCAUGCAUGGAAGCAACCUGCGAUCGUGAGGAGGAGGAGGAGGAAAGAAAAAACACUGAUGAAAACACGAACAUGAGCAGUGACACUAAGGAGGAAGACGGCACAGAGUGGGAGUCGUCCACAGGCUGUAAAUUGAAGGUUCUGACAGCGGGCGAUGAACUUGAUGAGAUGAUGGACAUCGGUACAGUGGAUCAGGUGGAGCAGGAGGCUCAGAUGAAAGUGGAGGAACAGAACGACUCGAAGGACGCAGAGAGCAGCCGUUCACCUGCCGCUUGUAAUGCAGCCUCCGUGGUAGAGGACAGCAACUCGAAUCUGGAGGAAACUGACGUCAAACCCACAACUUCAGAGUUAAUGCGGUCCAGCUCAUCUUCAUCGUCCGAGGCCACGGGAAGUACAGGAAGAGACAGCUCGUCACCGGCUGCAGUGCUGAACGGCAUGAAGGUUGUCAAGCUUUCAAUACCGAGAUUAGAUGUCGAGAAGCUGCGUAGCGCAACCCAAAGUAUCAAGUUGUCUCCUUCACCUCCUUUGGUCACGGUGAAGGACGAGCCGGUGGAUGAGGAAUAUGAACACGCUCUGAUAUCCAGUUCGUCUUCAGCAAGUGUGAAAGAUGAGCCAAAUACUGCACGGGAGGACUUGAAGAUCGGGUCCGUCUUCUCUGUGGGCUCUGAGACGCAGACGCUGCCCAUCGUCAGCCCGUCGUCUCUGCUCAUGUCCUGCGCUCAGUGUAAGAAGAACCUGAUGAAGGGACAGACGGCGUUCCAGAGGAAGGGCUCACCGGCUCUCUUCUGCUCCACCACCUGCCUCUCCAUGUAUCAAGUCAAGGGAGCCACUAAGAUCUGCCACAACUGCCAAAAGUUGAUAAUUCGGCCUCAAGACGUCAUCCUGGCUCCGGAUCUCAAAGGUCUCAUGAAGGAAUUCUGUGGCCAGAACUGCCUGACCUCCUUCAAUUACAAGAAAAAUGCCUCCAGCUACAGGAAAGCUGCCAUCACUGUAAAAGCUCCAGUGGUGACCCCACAGUCACUCUGCAGCAUGUGCACUAGAUACUGUGUCAGCAAACACGAGGUGAUCCUGGGCGGUUCUGUCCAUAAGAUGUGCAGCGACGCCUGCUUUAACCGUUUCCGUACGGUGAACAACCUCUCGAUGGCGGGCUGCGCCAACUGUGGCUCGUACUGCCACAACAAACCGCUCAUGCUGAAGAUGGAAGAGGGCAGCAAAACUGUGUGUAAUAUGGAGUGUUUGGCCAAAUACAAAGAGAAAACCAAGAUGGCCAAGAUAACCCAGCCAUGCACGAUGUGUCGCACCACCCACUUACUUGCAGAAAUGGUGGACAACAAAAACAGCGAUGACUCGGUGGAUCUGUUCUGCAGCAGCAGCUGCGUGAUGGCGUUCAAAGUCCAAACUGUUAGUUCUUCAGGUGCUCGGAUAAACUGUGAUAACUGUGGCAAAAACACUGUACCGUCCUACCACCUGGCCAUGUCAGAUACCUCCAUCAGGAACUUCUGCACUCUCCCCUGUGUCAUGGCUUUUCAGGAAAAGUUUAAGCAGUCACAGAAGCAGGUGAACGUUUUUACGAAGUUGCCGGUGGGAUCGACUCAGAUCCAGGCCGUCAGUACGACGCAGCCGCAGCAAGGCGUCAAAGCGUCGCAGAAACUGAGCUGCCUCCAGUGCUCCCGUGUCAUCACUUUUAAACCUGAGCUCGUCCAGCUUAAGGAUAAGAUCGUUUUUCUGUGCAGUGUGGACUGUUCCCACGAGUUCAAGAAAGCCAACAACGUGAUGAGCGUGUGCGAGUACUGCAUGAUCGAGAAGAUCACCAGAGACGUGAAGAGGGUCAACAACAAAGACUGUUACUUCUGCAGCGAUGGCUGUAAACUCCUGUUCAGACACGACCUGAGUAAAAACUGGGGGAAACACUGUCACUCCUGCUCUUACUGCCACUGUGUCUCCAAGAAGCUGGUGACGGCGCAGUACGGAGGCUCCACGGAGGAGUUCUGCUCCGAUGAUUGCAGGUCCAAGUACACCAUGCUCUUCUGCCACGUUGCAAAGUGCGACACCUGCGGGCGGAAAGGGAAGCUAAAGCAGAGCCUCCCCAUGCUCGGGGAAGUCAAACACUUCUGCGACCUCAGCUGUCUGCUGCAGUUCUGCUGCGAGAAAGUGGCCACGCAGGGGGAAGUCGUGAAAGCCAGUGCAGGAGAGGCCACGCCCAUCAUCGCCAACGUCAUCUCGCUUGCCGGCACGCCAAAAGGAAAACCUAACACUUCUGACAGAAGCACCCAACAAAGCACAGCAUCAAACUUUCAGUCAAAGAAUUCUGGACAUAUGAGCAUUCAGACUGAAACGGUGAAGACUCAUCCUCCUCCACCUGCCAAAAUACUGAAGAACAAGGCUCUGCUCUGCAGGCCGCUGGUGCAGAACAAAGGGGUCUCCUGCAAAACGCAGACGGUCGACGUGGAGGCACAGACGGACGAAAUCUUCCCAAAAAUGAUGAUCCUGCCUGUUCCUGUGCCGGUCUACCUGCCUGUACCGAUGAACAUGUACAGCCAGUGUACCCCGAAGCCCGUGGGCCUGCCGCUGCCUCUUCCCGUGCCGAUGUUCCUUCCUGUGACGAUGAACAGCGCUGAGCGCAUUGUGGAGACCAUCCAGGAGAUCAAGCAGAAGAUCCCGUCUGAUCCGUACGAGGCGGAGCUCAUCCUCAUGGCGGAGAUGGUGGCCGAAGACGACGAGAAUAACGACGAGCAGGAGACGCAGAAAGAGGAAAAAGUGAAGAAAGUGGCUGAAAAGCAGGACGCAGCGGUCACAGAUGAUCACGUCAGUAACUACAGCGACGACUUGGACACAGAGGAGCUGGCCACCUUCCUCAACACCUGGGAGGACGCCUCCUGUGACGCAGGGACCCUUUCACUGAGUAAAGGCUACGCCAGCGAGAAGCUCAACUCUGUUUUAGACGUUUCUGUGGGCACGCCCAGCGAGCCUGAGCCCGCACCACUUCCCGGCCCACCUCCCAUGGACAUCGAAGCUGACUUCACUGUUGAAACUCUGGAAAGAAUGGCCCGACAAAGAGAGCAGUCCACCAAGUCCCCGAGCCCUCCGCCUGCUCCAGUGCGACGACAAGCUCACAGGAAAGCCAGAGAAAAACGGGGUCGUAAGCCGCAGCGGCAGUCUAAGGCUGCUGAAACAUCUUCUGCAAAGGCUGCUUCCAAAAAGGCCGCAGAGGUAGAGAUCCCAAAACUGAAGAGCGAAUAUGGAGUUGAUGCCUGGAAGCGAUGGAUCCAGUGGAGACAAACUCAGCCCAACCUGGAGAAUCCACGCUUCGGCUCGCGUCCUCUGGAGCUGAAGGAGGAUCUUCUUCGCUGCACCACCGCUGAGCUCAGCUACGGCCUCUGCUGCUUCAUCGCCGAGGUUAAACGACCCAACGGAGAGCCGUACUCCCCUGACACCGUGUUUUACCUCUGCCUUGGCAUCCAGCAGUAUUUGUUUCAGAAUGGCCGUGUGGAGAACAUAUUCAUGGACCGCUUCUACAGCAAGUUCUCCAUUGAGUUCACCAACUUGCUGCGAGGUUUCAAACCUUCGAUCACAGCCAGCGGCUACAUCCACUCCCGUGUGGAGGAGGAGUUUCUGUGGGACUGCAAACAGCUGGGGGCGUACUCCCCCAUCGUGCUCCUCAACACGCUGCUCUUCUUCUGCUGCAAGUACUUCGGCUUCACCAAGGUGGAGCAGCACCGCCAGCUGUCCUUUGCUCACGUCAUGCGCUGCACCAAAACCAACCCGAACAACACCAAGACCACCUUCCUGCGCUUCUACCCGCCGCUGUCUGGAGCCGAGGCGGAGUCAGAUCCAGAGGGUGUUCCAUCGAAGAAGCGCAAAGAGGAGGAGAGUAAGGAGGACAUCCUGGAGAUGAUGGAGAACACGGAGAACCCUCUACGCUGUCCAGUGAGACUCUACGAGUUCUACCUGUCCAAGUGCUCGGAGUCCGUUAAGCAGCGCACCAACAUGUUCUACCUUCACCCUGAACGCUGCUGCGUCCCCAACAGUCCUCUGUGGUUCUCCUCCACCGCUCUGGACGACAGCACCAUGGAAGCCAUGCUCACCCGCAUCCUCAUCGUCAGGGAGCUGCAUCUCGACACGAGGAAGGACGAACGGAAGCCGCAGGAGACGUCUGACGACCCGCCGUUUAUACCCGAGGAGGAGGAGGGGGAGGAUUCAGACUGAACGCGAAGUGACCUUUUACCGGUGUUGCAGCUAGCGAUGUAAACGUCUGUAAAUUAACGGGAAUGGUCACUGAAUACAGACAGGAAAACUUCACAUUCAUAACUGCAGAGUCACAUUUCCUUAAAGGCACGUCGAACAGAACUUCAGACUCACAGCGUUUAUUGAGGCGGGGCUGAGAUGCUGGACUCAGCUCAGCGUUCAGACUGUUUACUGCUCAGCAGGGCACACAGCUGCCCUCCUGUGUUAUGUGGUUGUCUCUUCUGGAAAAUACUACUUUUAUUUCCUUCCAUGUGUUAUGAUUCCUGGCCUUUCUGUGCACACUGGACUUCCAAGUUUUUAUAAAGCUAGCCAUCCAUCUUGGAGUGAAGGAGGGCCCCCCCCAGUAGAGAGCUGCAGACUUUUAGUUUCACUACAGUUAGACCCCAGAAGAAUUAACACAUCAGUGUUGUAGAAAAAAUCACUAAGUCGUUAGAAUAUUUCUCUCAGUACUUUUGCACACCUUGUGGAUUUUUGCAGCCCCACUUUCAGAAUUUUAAAUGAUUCCGGGAAAUUGAUUAUGCCAAAGUUUAACAUGGAUUUUACCUGAUAUCAUGAUUUGAGUUUUUUCUUCCAGAUUGCUGUUCAGGUUAUAAUGCUAAAAGUUGAAGAUUUACACAGAUCACACUUGUGUUUUGUUUGAUAAUCCACAGAUAUUUUAAAUGUUUGGUCACUUUUUAGCUAAAGUACAGAAUCAAACAUUUAUGUCUUUCCCCACUGCUGAAACACGGGGCGUGGGAAUCAUGAUUGGGGCCCGACCAAAGGUAUUAAAGAUGUUUUUGACUCGACUGAAUUACAUUUUAAGAAAAAUUAGAGAUUUAAAUGUUAUUUAGCUGCUACCCCUCUUGUGGCUUUCAUGAAAUCUGAAAAAAGGGAAACCUACAACUCUAAAAUUUUAAACUAAUUUUGGGAUUCUGUUUCAUACUAAAAAAAACCCUGAAAAACUGUGUUUUUGCAUAAUAAGCCCUGUUGAGAGCAGUUAAAGCUGCCCCUUUGUGUAUGUCUCGGUCAUUUUAACCUGCUUAGAGAAUGGCUGCCAAGGAUCUCUGAGGGUUUUCUAUUAUAUGUUCAUUUUGAAUAAAAAAAACACUUCAAAACA